AUGCAGGAAGCCGCCCAAAAUUCUACCGGUGCUAACCAAGCGGAAGCCACGACAGAGUUUCGUGAAAUUCAAGACCGAUACAAGCUUGCCCAAAAGACCUUCCAGUCGCUCUUGAAGAUCGGGCAUGGCCCCGACCGACGCACCGUCCUCGAAACCGCCUGCUCUUCCACCGCGGAGUUUGCCGCGUUUCCAAUCAAGCAAGCCGAGAAGGCCUUCUUCCGCCACAUCAACGAGCAUACGGGGGUGCCAUACAUUCUGCGCGAGAAUGUUUCGCAGCCUUGGCAUAAGCCCUUUCUUCUCAUACAGAUUCAGCUUCAGGGCGGCCCUCUGCCUAAUAAAUUGACCCACGCUGCUCGCAAGGAGCUUCUCAGUGAGCGGGGCCGGAUGUUCUUCAUUCUCGAUCGCGUGCUUCGAUGCCUGGUGGAUAUCCUUGGACUGCGGAGGGAUGGCAGAGGGGUUAUUGCUGGCUUGGAUGUGCUAAGGAGCAUCAAGGCUGGUGCUUGGGAUGGGAAUGAAAACGAGUUAUUGCAGGUUGAGGGCAUUGGAGCCGUCAAGAUGGAUAAGCUGGCAAAUGCUGGCAUCAAAACCAUUCGCCAGCUUGCAGGCCUGCAGUGUUAUCAUAUUGAACGAUUGCUCAGCAGGAACCCUCCGUUUGGGCAGGAGAUGGUCCGUAAACUGAAGGGAUUUCCGUUAUUGCGCAUUCAUAUCGACAUACUGGGGCCAUUCAAAGAAGGACAGGACCAGCCGGGAGCAGCUACAAGCAAGUUGAACACGCUGCCAACCAACACGGACACUCUCUGGAUGACGCGAAUAGUUCUCGGAUAUGAGAAUGAAAAAGCUCCUCAAUGGAGAAAGAAAAGCCUAUGGACAACGUUCAUUAUUGAAGGCGAAGAUGGUCGUCUUGUUUGGUUCUGGAGGGGAAGCGUCAAGAAAUUGGAGAAUGAGCAAACGAUGAUUGUCUGUCUGGCAGUCAAGAAAGGCGAGAAGCUUGGUGUGGUUUUUGCUUGCGAGACGGUUGUGGGCACAACCAUACGGGAGUCUUUCCAAAUUGACUGA